GCGUUGAGAGGAGGGUUUCGGAAAACCAGUUGGAAGGCAGUUCGAGCCCGGGUUCGAGUUUAGUUUCGUACUGUUCGCCUGAAGGCUCGUACACACAGUUGACUCUCGGGGUUUUAGCUGCGGUGUUGACGGCGUGUGUCGUGACGUGUGAGAAGAAAUUUGUAGAAAGGAAAAAUAAGCAGCAAACGAAUUGUUUUCUUUUUUUGUGAGUGUGUGAUUGCAAUUCUCUCAAGAAAGUCGAGCGAGUGCAGUUGAGCGUUGGCUGUCUUCACCUCUUGCAUCGCGGGAACCGCUAGAAACGGAAGUUCGGUCAAGUGAAGAACACACAGCGAUUUCAGCUCAAGUGAAAAAGCACAGACCCGUCGGUAAACUGGAACAGGUUCGGUUCGGUUGUUCGCGGCUCGCGUCGUUCGGUUGUCGUCAUUGUUGCCACAGUGGUCGCGCGAAAAUUGGUCAAAAUUGAGAGAAUAAAACGAAAACGUGAAUCCUCUAGUGAGUUAAGUGGAAGCGGUACUUCCAGCAGCAGUUCGGCAACGGUAGCGGCUAUUACAGCGGCGGCGGAAGCUCACCACCGGAAGCAGCUGGCACAGCACGAAAGGAUGCUGCUGGACACACAGAACAAUAACAAUAACGGCGGCGGAGGUGGAGUCGGCGGACCCACCAACUCCAUGGGACUGGUGGGGCAGAUGGGUGGACCGAUGGUGAACCAUCGGAAUGUGGCCGCGUCGGCGGCGGCCCUGCAAGCGGCGGCCGCGGCUGCCCUGACGGCGGCCAAGGGCGCGACGGACUUUUCGAUCGCGGCAAUCAUGGCACUGCGGGAGGGUUCCGCAAGCCGGAGCCCUCUGGAAGCAGUUUUCGUAAGUGGACCCCCUAGCUCGGUAGAUCGGCUGUCCGAGGUGGACGACGAGGUGGACGUUGACGUGGAGGAGUGCUCCGACUCGGAGGAAGCGGCCUCACGGUCCGGCCGGAACUCACAUUCCCGGGCGACCGCCACGCCCAACUCGGUGUCGGACGAGGAGCGGCUCACGCCGGAACCGGCCUCGAAACGACCGCAGAUCCAGGGCUCGUGCAACUCGGACGAUCUGCGGCCCGUACAGUGCCACCUCGAAACCAAGGAGCUGUGGGACAAGUUCAACGAGCUCGGCACCGAGAUGAUCAUCACCAAAACAGGACGACGCAUGUUCCCGACGGUGCGGGUGUCCUUCUCGGGCCCCCUCCGCCAGAUUACGCCUGCCGACCGGUACGUGGUCCUGCUGGACGUCGUCCCGGUGGACAACCGGCGCUACCGUUACGCGUACCACCGGUCCGCGUGGCUCGUCGCCGGCAAGGCAGAUCCCCCGCCGCCGCCGCGGCUGUACGCCCAUCCAGACACCCCGAUCGGGGCGGACGCCCUGCGCAAACAGGUUAUCUCGUUCGAGAAAGUCAAGCUCACCAACAACGAGAUGGACAAGAAUGGCCAGAUUGUCCUCAACUCGAUGCACCGCUACCAGCCGCGCAUCCACCUGGUGCGGCUCGUGCCCGGCCAGAACAUCCCCACCACGCCAAAGGAGCUGCAGGAGGUCGACCACAAGACGUACGUCUUCCCGGAGACGAUCUUUACCGCCGUCACGGCGUACCAGAACCAGCUCAUCACCAAGCUCAAGAUCGACUCGAACCCGUUCGCCAAAGGCUUCCGGGACUCGUCCCGGCUAACCGACUUCGAUAGUUUCCCGGGCAUGGAUCCCAUGGACGCACUGCUGCUGGAACAGCAUCUCCGCUCACCCCUACGACUCUUCCCGGACCCGUUGAUGGCUCAAUUUGGCGGUGGCGGCCCAAUGCCCGGCCAAGAUCCGGACGGUGCCCAGGCGGCCCUGCUGGAGAAGGCCCGCCAGCACCUGCAGAUGUGGGGCCGUGCCGCCCCGUACGGUGACCUGCUCAUCCCCCAGAUGUACGCCCAACGACCCAACAUGGCCGCCGCCCUGAACCUGGGCCACCUCUGGCAGAGCCAGUGGCCCCAGCAGUUCCCACCGGGCUUCCUGCCGAACGCAGCCGCCGCCGCCGCAGUGGCCGCGGCCACCGCCCCUCCUCCACCCCCACCACGAACAACCCCCCCUCCACCCGGACCAGCCCAAACCAUGACCAGUCCGGCCAGCUCGGCUGGCUCUCCCUCGCCGGACCUCCGCGCAAAGCACUUUUCCCGCUUCAGCCCGUACCAGAUCCCGCAACAACACCACCACCAGCAGCAGCAACAGCCUGGACCGGCACCCCCUCACCAAUCACCUUCCCCGAGAAGUCCCUCAAACUAAACUUCUCGCGCGCUGGCAACACUGCCGCCCUCAGAGGCUGAUCAUCAAAUCACAGUAUUAUCAAAACGCAACUCUCGCAACAUCACGAAGUUCACGAACAAAC